GCCAUGGGGUCAACACGGCGUCAGAGAGACUGACCCAGAGUCGGCCAUUUGGAUCCCCAUUGCUAUGAUCUUGCGCCGCACAACCGUCGGGCUGCUGUGCUGCGCUCUGGCCAUUCAGCAGCGAGUGCCACACGCAGCUUCCACAAUGUACUCCGGGAUCUUAGGGCCUCUCACUGGAAAGGUCCAGUCUGCUUUUCAGCCGAGCCGGCCAAGCCAGCGCCCCAUCGCCCCAGAGUAUACCGCAGAGCCAUUGGAAGACCCACAGGUUCGACGGCUCGUGGAGAACGUGGACCCGUCCCUUCGCAGAAACCCGCCCUCCGGGACCUAUGACCUGGUGGUGCUUGGGGCGGGGGUAGCUGGCCUCAUCAGCUGCAUUGUGGGCCGCCAGCUGGGAAGAAAGGUGGCUCUGGUGGAGCAGCACUACAUGGGUGGCGACUGCCUCAACACCGGGUGUGUCCCCUCCAAGGCCUUGAUUGCCGCGGCCCGGGAGGCCGCCAGGCCUGUCCUGCGGGGCGGCGACCUCGGGGUGCGAGUGCCGGAGGUGGCGGUGGAUUUUGAGGCCGUCAUGUCACGCAUGCGGCGAAUCCGCGCUGAGAUCUCGGAGCACGACUCAGUGCGGAGGUAUUCCGAAGACUUGGGGGUGGAGGUUUACUCCGGCGCGGCCCGGUUCAUGGGAAAGCGCCAGGUGACGCUGGCAGACGGCACGGAGCUGGGCUUCCGGAAGUGUAUCCUUGGCACUGGCGCCGGCGCGCUAGUGCCAAAGGAGCUGGAGGGCAUCCCCCACCUGACCAACUCCAACCUCUGGAACUUACGGCACUUGCCGCCGCGGCUGGUGGUGCUGGGGGCUGGUGUCAUCGGCCUGGAGAUCGCGCAGGCCAUGCGGCGCCUGGGCAGCCAGGUCACCAUCAUCAGCCCUUCGGGCAGGGUCAUGCCCAAAGAGGAGCCGGAAGCCGCAGAACUGGUGAGAAAGGCGCUGGACCGGGACGGCGUGAGGCUGCUGGCUGCCAAGCUGCUCAAAGUGGACCGUCAGGCAGAGGCCCUUGUUGGUCAGCAGACGGAUCUAUGCGCGUGGAUCCUCUUUGCGACACAAUUAGAGAGGAGAUGGUGAAGCUCUAGCUGAGAUUUCCUGCUUAUGUGGUUGUUUGUUUUGUUUGCUUGCUUCUUUGGCAUGUUUGUUUGGCAUGUUUGUUUGUUUUUUGUUUGUUUGUUUGCCUGCCUGCCUGUUUGUUUGCCUGCCUGCCUGCCUGUCUGUCUGUUUGUUUGCUGUCUGUUUGUCUGU